AUGAGUGCUUCACGUUGGGUACAGCGCAAUAGAACCGUAUUGGGGGUUUUCGCUACGUUGUUUGUGAUACUGGUGCUAUAUUUCCGUUCUGGUGGUGAUGGAGAUGGAGAUGCUGCAUUAUCAAAUGAAGAAGUAAAUGAUCUUUUAUCUGGGGAAGAUCAGGCUAAUACUGGUAUUGAAAGAGUGAAAUUAGAUCAGUUGGGAUUACAUACCCCAUACUUGGAAGCUGAUUUGAAAUCUAAAAAUUGGAAUAUUGAAGGUGAUACUUUAAUUAAGAAUAAAAAUUAUGUUAGAUUAACAAGUGAAAAAAAAGAUCAAGUUGGUUCAAUAUUCACCAAGAAUUCUUUCAAUGAUAAAGGUUUUGAAGUCGUGUUCAAAUUUAGUAUCAAUGGUAAAGCUCGUAUAAAUGGAUUAAAAGGUGAUGGUUUUGCAAUGUUUUUAACUGAUAAACAAUUAUUACAAGGUCCUGUAUUUGGUGCAAGUGAUUAUUUUAAUGGACUUGGGAUCUUUUUCGAUACUUAUAGAAAUGCUAAAAGAGGUCCAAUGUUCCCAUAUAUCUCUGUUAUGAACGGUAAUGGUCAAACUAAAUAUGAUAAAGAUCAUGAUGGGAAAGAAAAUGAAUUAGGUGGUUGUUCAGCUCGUGGUAUUUAUAAUCCAAAAAAGGGUGAAGUUGAUGCAAGAUUGAUUUAUACCAGUGAUGAUGGUUAUUUAUCAUUAGAUUAUAAUUAUAAUGGUGAUUGGAAAAAUUGUUUCACUUUAAAUGAUGUUAAAAUCCCAGAAAAUAGAUUUUUAGGUUUUAGUGCUGCAACUGGUGAUUUAGUAGAAAAUCAUGAUAUUUUUGAAGCUGAUGUUUUCAGUUUAAAACAAGAUGGUGAACAAUUAACUUCAUUUAAUCAAGUUUCAAAUCAAGAUUCCCAAGAUUCUCAAGAUUCUCAAGAUGAUGAAGAUGAUGAUCCAGAUUAUGAAAUUGAUUAUAAAGGAAGAAAAAGAAAGAGAAAAAAUCUUCGUAAAAAAAGAAGUUCUAAAUCAAGAGCAAGAUUAAGAAAUAGAAUAAGAAAUAGUGAAAGAAGAAGAUUAAAAUUAAAAGAACAAAAUGGUGGAAAUGAUUCAGGUUUCCAAUUUUUCCAUACAUUAUGGACUUUAAUCAAAUAUACUUUUUAUUCAAUUAUAACAUUGAUAAUUUUAUACGUUAUUUUCACAUUUGUUAGAGUUAAAUUAAGAGAAAGAAGACGUAAUCAAAGAAAAAGUGGUAUCUUGAUGUGA